GAUGGUGUACCAUGGUGUAAUGCUUUCCGUUAACCACAUGGGGGCCACAAUGUCCAUAAAAAGAUUGGAUGCUAUAAUUCCAGAACCUAACGGAAAAUUCCAUAGAAAGUGAAAGCCAGAAACAAAAGUGGAGGUAACAUCACCGACAACUGAUAUUCUCUCCAGAGCGGAGCAAGUUGCCAUGGGGAAUAUCUUCAGUACAAGUCAAGGGCCUGUGAAGGAAGAGUUUCAAAUCAUUUCACUCGGUAAAGCAGGAACGGGGAAAAGCCAUACAGGAAAUACUAUUUUAGGUCUUCCUAAUGUUUUCAGGACAAAGUGUUCCUCUGUGUCUGUGACAGAAGAAUGCGACUCAAAAACAGCUUCAGUCAAUGGGAGACCCAUCACAUACAUUGACACCCCUGGCUUUUAUGAUACAGUUUCCACUGAGCACAGCCUGAGAUCAGAGAUAUUGAGGUCUAUCAUUAAAAGUUCUCAAGGGCCUCAUGCCUUCUUAAUUAUUCUAAAAGCUGAGACUUACACAGGUCAAGAGAUGGAAACUGUGAGGAAAAUCACAGAAUCAUUUGGGGAAGAUGCAUUAAACUAUGCAGUUGUCCUCUUCACUCACGGCGAUAAUCUUGAUGAAGGUCAGACCAUUGAGGAUUUUGUAAGCAGGAAUCAAGAGUUACAGCAGUUGGUGGAUAAGUGUGGAGGUCGCUGUCAUGUCAUUGAUAACAGAUACUGGAAUCAUCAGAAGAGAGGAUACAGGAGCAACAAAGUUCAGGUAGAAAAUCUACUGAACACUAUAGAAGACAUGAUAAAGAGGAAUGGAGGAGGACGCUACAGUAAUGAAAUGCUACGAACUGUGAAUAGAGAAAUCCAAGAGACGGAGGAUGAGAUUAAUAGGGAAUCAAAUGGAAGACUGUUGGAAGAGCAAAUCAGAGAUGAGGCAGAGAACAGAGUGCACACAAAAUUCUUAGUGAGACUUGCAGGAGUGGCAACAGGGGUUUUGGUGGGUGCUCUGCUAGGAAUUCCCACGUCUAUUGCUUUUGUUCUUAAGAAAGUAGGUUUUGAUAAGGUUUCAGCUGCUGCAACAUUGGCAAAAGGGCUGCCAUGUGAUGUGCUGACAAGUGUUUGUCUUGCAGUUGGAGGUGUUGUGCUUGCAGGUGCAGCAGUUGGAGGUCAUACUGGAUAUAAAGCUGUAGAGGGAGAACAGAAAGUUUGGGAAGCGGUAAAGAAGGCAGCUCAUGCAUGUAAAGAGAAGGCAGAAAAUAUAGUGAUGCAAGGAACAUUGUGUUCAGACUACACUGAACCUGACUCUAGUAGCCUGAUCUCAUGAAAAUUUGUACAUAUUUUACAAGUUGGCUAAUUCGUAUGAAUUCAUAUGAAGUUAAUCGUGCAAAAAUGUACAAUUCUAUAACUACAAUGAAACCCAACCCCUAACCCCCAACCCCAACAUCACAGGGGUCGAGGCAAAUCAUACAAAAAUCUACAAAUAUGGUUGUAUGAAUUAAUACAAAUAAGCCAACUCAUAAAAUAUCUACGAAUUCUCGUAAGAUAGCUUUGAUUUUAGUGCUAAACAUUUAUUAAAGAAUGUAACAUAUAUAUGGGACGAUUUCUAAUGCUGUCAGUAUUGUAGAUUAUGCUGUAUGCUUUGCCUAGUUUGAAAUGCUUCUGUAUAUUCAUUGUACUUUGGUUUAAAGGGACAUUCCACUUUUUUUGAAAAUAUGCUCAUUUUCCAGCUCCCAUAGAGUUAACAUUUGAUUCUUACCGUUUUGAAUUCCAUUCAGCUGAUCUCCGGAUCUGGCGCUAGCACUUUUAGCAUAGCUUAGCACAAUCCAUUGAAUCUGAUUAGACCGUUAGCAUUGCGCUAAAAAAACCCCAAAGAGUUUCAAUAUUUUUCCUAUUUAAAACUUGACUCUUAUGUAGUUACAUUGUGUACUAAGACCGACAGAAAAUUAAAAGCACAGAUUUUCCAGGCAGAUAUGGCUAGAAACCAGGGGCGGAGCGAGGGGGUGGCUUCUGGGGCUCAAGCCCCGAAUGUUUUGUCAAAAGCCCCGAAUCUUUUCAGAUCUGUAAAAUGAAUUCAUCCAGGACGCUAGGUGGCGGCAUUUAGCUUAAACUCUCCGGUCCCCCACUCCAGUGAAAAUGAAUGAGAGAUGUGAGUUGAAGGCAAAUAAAUAUGCUGAAUCUCCCCACAUUAAACGCAUUUUUAAAGUGUCUUUAUUAUUUUAGUGCCUCCAUUAUUACUGUAAGUGUAUAUUUAUAGUUAUGUGAUUUUAAUACUGUUAAAUAGCUUCAACUAAUAUAUUAUCUGCAUGGCUAACGUUUAACUUACUGUUGCGCUCUGGUCUAGUCUGCUCCUCUGCUGCACACACUGUCGUUGGUAACGUUGUAUUUAAAGUACAUUUAAUAACAGUGAAUUAAAACUUUAAAAAAACUUGCUCAUUGUUGCAUAUAUCCUUUUUUAUAGAUGGAUAUACGAUUUAUAUUUUGAAAGACAUCAGAAGUAAGAAGGUGAGAAAAUAUAUAGUUAGUUAGGCAGCUUAUGUUUUGUCCAUAUGCAUUUCACUGAAAUUCACAA